AUGGCGGGUCCGGCACCUCCUCCCCCCAGUCUACACACGAGGAAAUUGUCUGAUGACGUACCGAAUGUUUACGACGAUGCGAAAACCUACUAUACCGCCGAAGACCGCCAUAGGAACAACCGUGCUGGUCCUCGGACGCGCACUUACUCACAGAAUGGCUUGCUGAAGCAGAUGGAGCGGUUCUUUACGCCUGACCCGUACAGACGAGGGAGUCACGAUGAAUCUACCAUGCCCCAUACCCGCAAAUUCUUGAUCCAGGUCGAGCCGACACUCCAGAGUCUACAAGCGCAGGAGGACACAGAUCAGAACAUGCAAAUCACCAUUGAAGACAACGGACCCAAGGUUCUCAGCCUCCGCACAGCUGCCUCCAAUGGAUACAACCGCUUCGACAUCCGAGGCACCUAUAUGCUCUCCAACUUGUUGCAGGAGCUCUCCCUCGCUAAAGAAUAUGGCCGAAAGCAGAUCAUCCUCGACGAGGCGCGGCUCAAUGAGAACCCCGUCAACCGGUUGUCACGCUUGAUCCGUGAUCACUUUUGGGAGGGAUUGACACGGCGCAUCGACGCUUCGAGCAUCGAGGUUGCAGCGCGGGAUCCCAAGGACUGGACCGACGAUCCUCGACCACGCAUCUACAUCCCGAGGGGCGCUCCGGAACAAUACGAAUACUACACCAAAUUAGCGCAGGAGAAGCCCGAUAUCCGGUUGGAUGUGCAGCUUCUCCCGGAGAAGAUCACACCCGAGAUUGUCCGGGAUAUGAACUCCAAGCCCGGUCUGCUGGCAGUGGACAUGGAGGAGGAGACAGACCCAGAGACGGGGGAGAAGACGCUGAAGGGUCGGCCGUUUGUCGUCCCCGGAGGGCGGUUCAAUGAAUUGUACGGCUGGGAUAGCUACAUGGAAUCUCUGGGGUUGCUAGUCAACGACAGGGUUGACCUCGCCAAGUCCAUGGUGCUCAACUUCUGCUUCUGCAUCAAGCACUACGGCAAAAUCCUCAACGCCACGCGGUCGUACUACCUCUGCCGAUCACAGCCCCCCUUCUUGACGGACAUGGCCCUUCGGGUCUACGACAAGAUCAAGCACGAGCCUGGCGCGGCCGACUUCUUGCGGACCGCUAUCCUGGCGGCGAUCAAAGAGUACCACAGCGUUUGGGUGGCGGAACCUCGGUUGGACCCGGUCACCGGCCUCUCUCGGUACAGGCCCGAAGGUCUCGGCGUCCCGCCUGAGACGGAGGCUGACCACUUUUUCCACCUUCUGGAGCCGUACGUCGCGAAGCACGGUGUCACGUUCAACGAGUUCGUCGAGGCGUACAACACAGGCAAAAUCAAGGAGCCCAAGUUAGACGACUACUUCAUGCACGACCGCGCCGUGCGUGAGUCGGGUCAUGACACCUCGUACCGCCUCGAGGGCGUGUGUGCCGAUCUGGCCACUAUCGAUCUCAACUCCCUGCUUUUCAAGUACGAGUCGGACAUCGGGCGCACCAUCCGCAACGUGUUUGGCGACAAGUUGGUUAUCCCAGCGGAGUACUGCGUCGGUGACAUGCAGCCCGGCCACGUCGAGACGUCGGCCAUGUGGGACCGCCGCGCGAAGCGCCGCAAGCUGGCCAUUGACAAGUACCUCUGGAGCGAGGAAGCAGGCAUGUACUUCGACUACGACACAGCCAAGCGCCAGCGGUGCGACUACGAGAGCGCCACCACCUUCUGGGCCCUCUGGGCGGGCGUCAGCAGCCCCAAGCAGGCUGCCGCCAUGGUGACCAAGGCGUUGCCGCGGUUCGAGGCCUAUGGAGGCUUGCUGUCUGGCACUAAGGAAAGCCGCGGAGAGAUUGGGCUCGAUAGACCAAACCGACAGUGGGAUUAUCCCUACGGCUGGGCACCGCAACAAAUGCUCGCCUGGACCGGGUUGUACCGCUACAGCUUCACCGACGAGGCGGAGCGACUCGCGUACAAGUGGCUCUUCAUGAUCACCAAGGCCUUUGUCGACUUCAACGGCGUUGUGGUUGAGAAGUACGAUGUCACACGGCCCAUCGAUCCCCACCGCGUCGAUGCCGAGUAUGGAAACCAGGGGCUGGACUUCAAGGGCGUGGCGAAGGAGGGUUUCGGUUGGGUCAACGCCAGCUACAUCUACGGCCUGCAGAUCGUCAACGGUCAUAUGCGCCGGGCCCUGGGCACCCUGACCCCUUACGAGACGUUUGUCAAAGCGAUCGAAGAGAACCGGGCCAAAGCUCUGGCUGAAUUGGUUUGA